AUGGGUAGACCACCUCCAGCCAACAAUGGCGCCAACUCAUCAACGGCUCGCUCAGGCGUAUCCUCCAAACCACCCAUCAGUGACGAAACGCACAAACAUAAGAAAUCCCACGAUCCAAAUAUGGACAACCCUCGAUUGUUGGUCAAUCGCGCAUGUAUUUACGAACGGCAGCUGCCCGGGCAUGGCUUCUGGGAUAGUCCAGCAGUGUCCGACGCAUACGCGGAACAUGUUGAUUUCCUAGCCUUGAGCUUUGUCUUCCACUCGGCGCAUACGUUGUCACAUCGCUUCAAAUCUGCCACUGUCCGCGUUUCCGUCCAGCCCAGCUUUGAGAAACAAAAGCCCACAUUAAUAAGCAGGUCUUCCUCCGAUAAUCCGCACUUUCUGAUGCACGCACCACAUCUCAUCUACGGUGCUGUCUCUCCAGAGACUAUGGAGUGGUCCUUCAGCUUGGCUGGUUCACUCGGUGUCUCCGAAACCCCUGUCAGCGCCAGUAUUAUCCCGUCCGGCAGCAUGAUUGGACAGUACCGUCGGUACGAGAUGAUGCGCAUUCAAGGCUCGUCUCGUACCUUGAAGAGCCCCAGGGGCCCUGAAUAUGAUGUGGAGGCCGGUGAGGUGAUGUGGUCUCUCGAGGAAAACAGCCUGCAGCGAUCUGGUCUUCCCCGCGAGUUUACCUUUGUCAUGCUCAUUCAAAAACCGGCCGCCAAUAGCAAGAUCAAGCUGUCUCUCGAGAUUGACCCUGUCAUCCAAGCCUUCUGGGGUAGCUACCCCGGGUGGAUGCUCCGAUUGGCUCCAUACCAGCCCUUGAAGCGCCGAGGCGUCGAUUUCCGUCGAGAGGUGGGUCAGCACUUUCAACCCGCAGACCCGCAGCGCGGUUUCAACUUUGCUAUCUUGGAGAGCGCAUUUGAUCACUACAUAGCAAUGCCUGGACGAAAAUUCACACGCCGAGUAAGCACAUUGAAUCGGUUUGGGGCGGAGACAAUAUCGCACGAGAAGAAAUGGACACUGAUACACUCACAGUUAGAACUUCCAGCAGAAACCCAACUCCCACAUUUCAGUAGCGGUCAGCAGGGAUAUCCAGGUCAAUAUGGAAACUUGGGUUCUUCGCAACAACAAGGAACUAGUUUGACCAAUACCCUCCUACAAAACCAACUGCGCCAGCUCAGCACCCACCUCGGAACCCAAGAACCAGCUGCCUCUGCACCCGUGUCUGCGCCAGUAAAUACUGCCUUUGUGGAGGGCAUGUCGGUACCCAUUUCGAUUCCGAGCGCACUUGGCUCCACAAACACAUAUAAUGUACGCCUUGGGCUUGACCCAACCUUGAUCCAGCCAUUUGCCGCCCUCCACGCAAGCUCCUCCACUCACCAGAAGCAACUUCUUGAAUCGGACGCACCAUACCACGUAACCAGCGUGCGGGAAACUAGGGCUGAGCAUCGCAGCUCAAGACAAGGGCGCGUCAACAGCUCGUCAACAGAAGCGGAUCGGUGGCUCUAUGACGAGGGCGCCGAUUGGAAUACCGAAUGGUCAUCACCCUUACUCAACGCGGAUGUCGGCCUCAAAAGCUACGAGAACGUGCGAGAGGGGAUGCUACGUACCGUGCAUCCGAGAGGGCGGUUUGAUGGGUCUGGCUCGACCAGAGAACAGAAACGUGUCAUGAACCUCAAGAACCAGCCUUUGACUUCGGGUCUGCUCUCUUCUCUCUCAGAGGAUGAAAGUGAAGACUGA